AACCCCAGUCCGCCGAAAGCGAAACGUAAAGGAAGGAAACCCCUCGUCGAGCUAUGUCGUCCAUGGCGGACUCAAAACCCUAAUCCCGGACCAAGAAGCUCAGAUUCGUCUGUCUCUCGUCGCUGUCCCCGUUCCCUGAGCAGGAACGCGAGCCCCUCCACCGAACCCCUUCGAUCCAUGGAAGAGGACGCCCCAGACUCCGAGACGUCCCUGAAGCAGAAGGCGGACGACCUCCACGCGCUGGUGUCCGGUCCCCUCGCUGCGGCCGUGGACAAGGCAUUCGGUCGCUCCCGGGGUAUUCCCUCCGGUAAGGACUUCCAUUUCUUUUACAACUUCGAUGAGUUCAAGGCCCCGGUCAAGGAGAUCAAGGAUAAAUCGGAGUCCUCCUUGAGGAGCAUCGCCGCGUCGAGCAGUCUGUGGGGGAGCAAGAAGCCGCCGCAGUUUCCUGACGAUCUCGAUGACGCCUACGAUUGGGUCGUGAACCUCAACGACGAGUUUCUUGAUCGUCUCGCGGUUUCUAUGGACGAAUUCAAGAAUUUGAGGGAGAAAGAAGAAGAGACUGGUGGGAAGAUAGGGGCGAUGGACUUGGAAGGUGGAUUUCAGUUGGUUUAUGGGAAGAAAAAGAAGGGGGCCAUGCGUGACGCUGAGAAAGAUGAGGGGUUUUCUGGUUCUAGCUCAUCGACUGUGGUUAAUGUGGCAACGAAGGACAAGAGAACAACAGCAGCACGUUCGAAGGUGCCUUUUCACAUUCCCACUAUUCCACGCCCACAAGAUCAGUAUAAUAUACUCGUGAACAACAAUAACCAACCAUUUGAACAUGUAUGGUUGGAGAGGAGCAGGGAUGGAAGGUUCAUUCAUCCGCUGGAGAAUCUUGGUGUUCCAAAUUUUAUUGAUAGAAAGCAUGAAGAAGGCGAGCCAGUUCAACCACUUCCUCUAGAAAGUACCCCAUUUAAGCAGGUUGAAAGUGUGAAUGAGUUAAAAAUGGUAGCUGCUAAGUUGCGGGGUGUAGAUGAAUUUGCGGUUGAUUUAGAACACAAUCAGUAUAGGUCAUUUCAGGGUUUGACUUGUUUGAUGCAAAUCUCUACCAGAACAGAAGACUUUGUGAUUGACACCCUCAAGUUACGGAUUCAUGUUGGUCCACACAUGAGAGAAGUUUUCAAGGAUCCCUCAAAGAGGAAGAUAAUGCAUGGGGCUGAUCGUGACAUUAUUUGGUUACAACGGGAUUUUGGCAUAUAUGUGUGCAACCUUUUUGACACUGGACAGGCAUCGAGGGUAUUGCAACUGGAAAGAAACAGUCUGGAGUAUCUACUGCAUCACUUUUGUGAAGUUAGUGCAAACAAAGAAUACCAGAAUGCAGAUUGGAGAUUGCGCCCUCUUCCCGUGGAAAUGCUUAAGUAUGCCAGAGAAGAUACACAUUACCUGUUUUAUAUAUAUGACCAAAUGAAAUCAAUGUUGCUAGCCGCAUCCUCGAAUGAAAACGAUCUUCUGUUGGAGGUCUACAAGCGCAGCAGUGAAAUCUGCAUGCAACUUUAUGAGAAAGAGAUCUUUACAGAUACAUCAUUUCUCCACAUUUACGGGUUAUCAGAUGCUGAUUUAAAUUCAAAGCAGCUUGCAGUUGCUGCUGGUCUUUGUCAAUGGAGAGAUAAUCUUGCACGUGCAGAGGAUGAGAGUACUGGGUACAUAUUACCAAACAAAACUCUGCUUGAGAUUGCAAGGCAGAUGCCUGUUACUUCUGGAAAGUUGCAGCGGCUGGUAAAAUCAAAGCACCCAUUUGUUGAGCGCCAUAUCAACUCUGUCAUUGGCAUCAUUAAGAGCUCGAUUGCCAAUUCUUCUGCUUUUGAAGGCAUUACAGAACAACUAAAGGAGGGGCGGCUGGAGUCGAAUUCAGAAGAAGGUGAUUGCAACACUGGAUCAGUUCCAGCUACUGACAACCCCAUGGGACAUGUUGAACAUGUUGGAAACCAUCCUAUGACUGCCACUGUUGAAAAUUCUGAAAAUGCUGGAAACCAUCCUAUGACUGUCACUGUUGGAACUGUUAAAACUUUUGGACAUGUUCGGGUUGCUAAAGACGACUGUCUAAAACAAGCAUAUAGAGACAACCUGAGUAACAUCUCUUCAGCUGCCAUAGUCGAGCAAGAAAAUAACUUCAAAGUGAUGCCAUCAUCUGAAAUUGGGCACUCGUUCUUGCAUUCUGGCAUAACUAAAAGAGUUGAGAAGGAAAUGAUGGACAACAGGAACACUAAUUACCUGCAAUCAAGAGAGGGUGGGAUUGCAUCUGUCCAACUGCAGAAAAAAUCCAGUUGUGCUUUUGGAGCUUUAUUUGGAAAUUCAUCUUCUAGGAAAAAGCCCACCCUGGAUAAAGUGGGUCUUGCUGGCCAGAAUAAGAAUGUGAACAAAGUGGAGCAGAUUAAAUCCACUGUAGCUCUCCCUUUCUAUCAUUUUCCUGGUGGAGAAAAGACUUCAGAACUGCACUUUAAGGAGGUUAUCGUUUGCCCCGUAGCAGAAACUUUGCAGCAACAUCCUGCUGAUUUAGCCAAAUUGGAGGAGGUCAUACCACUUGAUAGAGGAAGCCACGAGCAAUCACCCUGUGACAGUCCAAUGACAGAUGAUGGGACAAAGGAAAGUGAUAAUUCCCAUCAUCCUGAAAUUGGCAGUGAUCUUGAUCUUCAGCCAGAAUCUCUUGCAAGUGAUGAGCCAAUGUCACCAUCAGACCUUACCUCCAGUUUUGAGAAGUGCUUUCAAUCGAUUAACGAGAGGAGGAACUGCCAACGGAACCAGAAAUCAUUUCAGAAGCCGGAGAUUAACUUCAAUUUGAAGCCAUUUAACUAUGCUGCCGCCAGGAAAAAUGUUAAGUUUGAUGAUGAUGGGGAUGAUGAAACCAAAACUGAAGAUCGCAUUAAGACUUCACCAGACUCCAGGCAGAUGCACAGAGCAUCAGGUCAGGCACAAGGUGAUGAGAGAUCGAGAGGGUCUCAGCAAGCUCGACGGCGUCAAGCUUUUCCUCCUUCGGGCAACAGAAGCACGACCUACCAUUGAUGCUUUUAUAUACCAUUUUAUGCUUUCUGUUCCCUGUAAACUGCUGUGCUGCUGAGAAAAUGAAACAAUUAACUGCGAUUAUGGUCUGGCUGAAAAAUCGUUUGGCAAAUCAA